AUGCCCCGCGAAUACCAACCAAACCCGCGACCCAGCAAACGCAAACACGAAGACGACAACCUCGACGAAGCCAGCACCACCCACAGCCAUUCACACCACAACCGCCGCCCCCACAAGAAGAUCCUCCUAAAAGAUAACCCAGACUUCACCUCCGUCAACCACCUCAAAAAACGCAUCCGCGACGCCAAGCGCCUCCUCGCGAAACCCGACCUGCCGGCCGAUGUGCGCGUCACCCAGGAGCGCGCCCUGAUGGGCUACGAGCGCGACCUAGAAGAGGAGGUGAAGAGCCGCGAGCGGUCCAAGAUGAUUAAAAAGUAUCACUUUAUUCGGUUUUUGGAACGCAAAACCGCCCAGAAAGAGAUCUCCCGCCUCACGCGCUUGGAAAAGGAGCUCUCCGAGAAUAAUAGCACCAACGCUGAAAUGGACGCCGCGACGAAGGCUAAGAAGCUCGCGUCUAUCGCUAAGAAGCUGCAUGUUGCGCGCGUGAACCUCAAUUACACCAUCUACUACCCUCUUGACCAGAAGUACAGUGCGCUGUAUGCGGAUCAGAAGAAGAGUAAGAAGGCAGCCGCAGACGGAAAAGAGGAUGUGUCGCCUAGUGCUAAAGAUGUAACGCCGGAAGAGAAGGAGGAGGAUGCGGCGGCGGCAGCAGCAGCAGCAGCAGAAAAAUCCGCGAUGUGGCAGACGGUCGAGCAGUGCAUGAAGGACGAUACCCUCGACCUCCUUCGAGACGGCAAGCUGAAUAAGAAGGCCAAGGCCGAGGCGACGGACGAGUCGGUCAAGACGUCCGGGGAUAAGAGCAAGAAGGCGCGAGAUCGUGCUGAUGGGUCUCAACCCGACAAGAAGAAGAAGCAGAGGAGCGAGGAUCAUAAGUCGAGUGGUAGGGCUAAGACCGAUGAUCGGAAGAAGAGGCCGAGCGCGAAGCAAGAGGACUACGAAAUGCGGGAUGCCGGCAAUGACGAUGGGGAGGAUAGCGAUGGUGGAUUCUUUGAGAUGUGA